AUGGCUCACAACACCGCGUUACGGGCGUUUCGAUCCCUCAAAAAUACAAUUGUUACAUCAUGCCGGCAUGCGCAAUCGCUGCGACCCUUCACCCACAGUACACGGGCCCUCAAUGCAGCGCCGACCGACCGCAAUAAACCAGACCAGUCAAUGGACUCAUUGCUCUCAAAUGUAUCCCAACAUUUUUACCAAGCGGGACAAGACCAAUUCUCGACCCUCAUCCCGAACGCGGAUGGCUUUCCCAGAGUUGGUAACCUAGUCCAGCGCGAAUGGGAAGAAGACGACAAGCACAAACUACACGUCUACGCAACCAAGCACAACACACAUCUAUGCCUUACCAGACCCAACCGUGAUCCAUUGAUCUCGGUAUCAUGUGGCAACAUUGGUUUCAGGAAAGCAGGGAGAGGCUCGUAUGACGCUGCUUAUCAGUUGGCGGCAUUCUUGAUGAACAGAAUUCAGGAUAAGGGCUUGUUGCCACAAAUCAAGAAAUUAGAGUUGGUGUACAGAGGGUUCGGCCCAGGAAGAGAGGCCGUCACAAAGGCGAUAUUGGGCGCCGAGGGAAAGAAGAUACGGCCAUUGAUUGUCAAACUGGCAGACUCGACAAGGUUGAAGUUUGGCGGCGUGAGGAGCAAGAAGCCAAGGAGAUUGGGUUAG